UUUUUAUUGUCUCUGAAAAUGCAAUUAUUACUGGUGUUUAUUAAGUAAGAACGGCGAUAUCAGAGAUAGGAAUUAUAAACCCACGUAUAAAUCUAUUCCUUUAAGUCGCCAGUAGUUGCAAAUGUGAAUAAAAUCGUUUUACAAAAUAGCUGUUCCGAUUCUGAAUUUCAAACCAAGAUGUCUGUAGUGAGAUCGUGCCCAGGGCUGUACUGUGGCCGUACACCGUUGGACAAUGGGUCCUGGAGCGACUGCGGGGCAUGUCCGCGAGGUUUCCGCACGAACGCGUCUAGUUACUGCGAGCCGUGUACAGAUGUACCGACGCUGUAUGAUUGGCAGUAUUUGGGGUUUAUGGUGCUGUUGCCGCUGGUGUUGCACUGGUUCUUUAUUGAUAUGGUGUCUAUAGGCAAAGGGAAGCAAGGUAUACUGGCUCAACAUUUUUCAGCAUUCUUUGAAGUAGUCUCUGGCACACUAGCGGCCUUGCUCGUCCUGCCGCCAACCGGCAGCUUGGCAUUACAUGUGUGCUCUCCAACGGCACUGUCGGACUGGUACACAUUGCUGCAUAACCCGCAGCCAGACUAUAAGGAGACAUUGCAUUGUACACAGGAAGCGGUUUAUCCUUUGUACACAAUAAUACUGCUGAUCUACGCCUUCAGCUUACUAAUGACGAUCACCAUAAGACCAUGGUUGAUGACAUACCAUCCCCCAAACCCCGGAAAGAAGGCCAUAUACUGUGCUCUGUACUUCUAUCCUAUAUUGGUUCUUAUUCAUACUGUUGCUGCUGGACUUAUUUACUGUUCAUUCCCCUACAUAAUCAUAAUAAUAUCAAUGAUGACCUCAGCAUCCCACUUCUCCAUCAAGCUCGACCAAUCAGCAUCAGCCUUACUCCUAUCUUCAAUAGCCAAUCCCAGGAACUUAGUAAUCCUGAUCGGCCAUUGGCUGGUCCAUGCGUACGGCAUCAUAUCUCUCACUGGGUUGAAGGAUCUGUGGUAUCUGAACCUAGUGCCUGCCCCGGCGUUGUUUUAUAUACUUACGGCGCAGUUCACUGACCCGAUGAAGAUACAUAAUGAUUGACGGUAUUGGAAAACUGUAUGGAAAUAAUAUGGGUUAGUUGAGAAUGGACUUCAGUUUCAUUUGACAAUCGAAACUAGUCAAGUUACAAAUGCGAAAUGGCGACUUAACCUUUUGAACGGGGUCCGGCCGAGCGUAAAUCGCGGUCUGACGUGUUGAAAGUAGUAAAGUUAUUUUUGGGCUCAGAUCAGGGUUUGUGAGUGUGUGUGGUGUUGGGUGAAGGUGCCCAGAUCUGAGUUCGCCUAUGGUCAUUAACCUUUUGAACGCCAAACGGCGCAUCCAUUUGCCGUGCCACUGAUGCCACGGGAGUAAAAUUUAGUUUUGUGAAUAAAUAAUGCCAACCUAAAAGUGGGGUGUUUUUCAGUAGAUUUUCAUCAAAAAAUGAUCGACGUCAAAUGCCGUCUUUGGCGUCGUUGCCACGAUGUUGCGUUGACGUCAAUUGCCGUCUGUGGCGUUCAAAAGGUUAAAUCGUUACUUUUUACAUAUUUUUUCCCGUUGAUAUUGACGUGAAGCUGGCAGAAAUGUCUAAUAACGAGUGCGAUAAUUAAAAAAAAACUUUAUGAAUGCCACGCAUAUAUGUAGUGUGCGGCGUGCCAUCGUGAACCUUGUCGGAAGGCAAAAAGGUUGAUAUUGGGCUGAAGCCGCGCGCCACAGGUGACGUCUUUAGUGGUCAAAGGGAAAGUAAACUAUGUAUCGUAUCAGUACCUAUACUACUCCAGUACUAUUAUUUUUGUCCUUGGAUAUAUUAUUUCUAAGAGUAGAAGAUAUGUUACAACAAUUAAAUUGGCUAAUGGUUUGCAGGCACGUAGGUAUUUAAUUAAAUUGUGGCGUAUUGGUUUAAAUCGACAUUUUUAAUUUUAACGUUCUUCACCUGCUCUUUUUUUCAAUAAUACCUACUUUAAGUAUUUUUUAAUUUUCACACUGCUUUUGCUGAUAAUUCUGGAAAAGAGUGAAGUUAGUAUCGAUUGUCAACUGACGAUUUAAAGGAAUAAGUGCAACUGAGUUUGGCUAGAUGGUGUUAUAACCAGGCAUCGGAGUUUUUAU